UUUAGUGGAAGUGUGUGACUAUCCUGGUGAUUGCGGAAAUAACUACUAAGCCAGAAUCAAAUAAAUAAAGGAUUAAUAUCGAGUCGUAAGCUUGUAAUACUGUCCACAAUGUCCAGGCAAUCCAACCGAACAACAGACAGCAAGAAGAUGAACUCUGAACUGUUCACACUGACUUACGGGGCCCUGGUCACCCAGCUCUGUAAAGACUACGAGAAUGACGAGGAAGUUAAUAAACAACUGGACAAGAUGGGUUAUAACAUCGGCGUGCGCCUGAUCGAGGACUUCCUGGCACGCUCCAGCAUCGGCAGGUGUCAGGAUUUCCGAGAAACAGCCGAUGUCAUUGCUAAGGUUGCAUUUAAGAUGUACCUGGGAUGUACCCCCAGUGUGACCAACUGGAGCCCAGCAGGAGAUGAAUUCUCCCUCAUCCUUGAGAACAACCCACUGGUAGACUUUGUGGAGCUGCCGGAUAACCACAGCACGCUGGUCUACUCCAACCUGCUGUGUGGGGUCCUCAGAGGAGCCCUGGAGAUGGUCCAGAUGGCCGUGGACGUGAGAUUUGCUCAGGACACUCUGAGAGGGGACAAUGUGACAGAAAUCCGCAUGAGGUUUAUCAAGAGGAUUGAAGAAAAUCUCCCCGCAGGAGACGAGUGAUGGAAACGGAAAGAUCCUUCCCGCAACUUUCUUGUCUGAUUUAGGGAGGACCGAGUCACGUGAGGAACACCGUCAGAGGAUGAAUGAACUCAGAAUCAAAACAUCAAAAUGAGAACUCCAUGGCACUGCUCUGUGCUCCAGUUUUGAGGGAAACGUUUAGGUGUGUUCCUAGAUGAGAUGUUCCUGCUGUGGAGAAGAGAAUGCCUCUGACCAUUUAUCUCAAACCAUCCCUCAUUGAAAGUCACUUUUUUCUUCAUUUACUGUUCAAAUAUCUGUCCUGUUUCUUAAAAGAAUUAUGUCUUUUGUUUUUGGUGCAAGGCUGGGAAGCCUUUACGUCGUAAUGUUUUUACGUAUGUCUCGUUUGUUUUCCUUUUUUUAAAGAAGUCACACUUUAUUUCUGCCAUUUAAAUGGCAUGCAAAUUUAUGUAGGUAGAUAUGUUAAAUAAAAGCAACAUAUUUAAUAUGAUA